UCCUCCUCCUAAUUAUCAUUCUCCUCUGUUUUCAUCGCACAUGGGUUGGGUGAGGGUGACAACCCCUCUCCUCUUCGAAUCCAAGCUCCUCUGCAUCUCUCUCCUCUACCUCCUCACCACCGCUUCCCUCUCUAUCUACAUCUCCUUCUCUAAACGCGGAUGCUUCUUUUUCUCUUCUCCCCUUAUCCCUCACCUCCUCUUCUCUUAUCCAUCCUCCUAUGGCGAGCACAAGCACGCUCUUCCCGCUUCUCAAUCCACCUGUUCCUCCCCUGUUUUCUUCUCUGAUUACCGCGUCGCCUUUGAGGAGAUCCACAACAUCGGCAGAAACCGGUCGUUGAGCUCAAUGAAUUAUUCCUCCCCUGUUUUAAGCUAUUUGCAGGGCAAAGGUGAGACUUUUGCCGGAAAUUUCUCCGCGCAGAAAAGAAGAUCGUUUUUUUAUCACGGAGAUGUUCAGGUCCCUGUCCCUUGCGGCUUCCUUCGCGGUUUUUUCGCAAAAGAAUCAGACAGGGCUGCCAUGGAGCAGUGCGGCGGCGUGGUCGUUGUUUCAGCAAUCUUCGGCGAUCACGACAAGAUUCGACAGCCAAAAGGAUUGGGAUUCAGGACGCUUGAAGCCGUUUGUUUUUUCAUGUUCAUCGAUGAUUCCACUCUGAAAGGACUCAAUUCCCACAAGAUCCUUGCGGGAUAUGAUAGCGACAUGAUUGGCGUUUGGAGAGUCAUCCGCCUCUUUGCCGGCGGUCUCCCUUAUGAUAAUCCAGCGAUGAACGCAGUCAUUCCGAAGUAUCUCGUUCACCGUCUCUUCCCCAAUGCGAAAUUCAGCAUCUGGCUUGACGCAAAGCUCCAGCUUACUGUCGAUCCCCUGCUUCUUCUUCACGCACUCCUAAUAUCUAAGGACGUCGACAUGGCCGUUUCGAAGCAUCCGUUCAAUGUUCACACCAUGGAGGAGGCCAUGGCAACGGCGAGGUGGAGAAAGUGGUGGGAUAUCGAGUCUUUGAGGAAUCAAAUGGAGACUUACUGCGAGAACGGCCUGCAACCAUGGACCCCGAGCAAGCUACCGUAUACAACUGGUAUAUAUGUACCGGACACGGCGAUGAUAGCGAGGAGGCAUGGAAUGGCGAGCAAUCUAUUUUCCUGUCUUAUGUUCAAUGAGCUUGAAGCAUUUAAUCCGAGGGAUCAAUUGGCGUUCGCUUAUGUGAGGGAUAUGAUGAGCCCUCAGAUAAGGAUAAACAUGUUCGAUGUCGAAGUUUUUGAGCAUGUGGUGAUGGAGUAUCGGCAUAAUUUGAAGCGGGACGGUGCUGUGCCGGCGGCGGCGGCGGCGACGGCGGCGAGGCAUAUCAGGAGGGCGGAGCCGGUGAGUAUCGAAGGGAGCAAAUGCGAGAAUUACCUUCUCAAGAUGUGGGGAGAAGCCAUUGAUGAUAAUGAAGGAGAUUAAUCAUAAAA